AUGAGUUCUGAAGUCUCUGCUAAGUCUCCAAUGAGGACACCAGUAAAGUCACCACACUUAACUAACCAAGAUUCAACUAAGCGUGCGCUUAAAAGGAAAGAACACGAACUAAACAAGCAAGAACUUCUGAAUUUGAAGGAACAGAACCUUAAAUUAGAAGCAAAGGCGGCUGAAUUAAAGAAAAAUAAGAGCACAUUAUCUCAUGCAAUCAAGGCUGAGCAAAGUUUGGCCUCAAUCCGUGAGAAAGAAUACAGAGAUGAAUUAAAUAUUCAAAUUUCCCUUGAGAAACAGAAGAUGAACAUUCAAAUCAGUGAAGUUAGGAAUGCUAAAGAUUUGGAGCGCCAAAACACUGUGAAGAAUUUACAAAACUCGACAGUUCAAAUUGGAUCCUUCAUUAAAGAAUCAACUGCUCAGUUAAAUGCUUACAAGCCUCUUAACAACGAAGAAGUAGAGCAAAUGAAGUCAAAAUACCAUUCAAUGAUUGUAAAUUGGAAUUCAAAUCAUCAGUUGAGCGAAACUGAAGUUCUAAAUCUCAAAUUAAGAAAGACAUUGUGCUCUAUUCGUGAACAUUCAAACUUUAAUGUAGCACCUAAGCCAAAAUUAGGCAUUGAAUUAACAAACUCAUUUGAAACAAAUUAUGAUAUGAUUCCUAAACAUGAAGAACGUCAAACUGCAACAACAUAUACAAAGAUCACUGUUGCCAAGCCAAUCUUAUUCGCUUCUCAAUAA